AUGCCCAGUAUCCCAGACCUCACCCCCCAAUCCAACCUCAACAACCAAUCCUUCCCCAUCACAGCCCCAAAAUGCCCCGUCACAUCUAACCGCCUCCCCGCAACCUCCACCGCCACCGCAUCCAUCCCCAACCCAGGCCUCCCCCGCGGCAACGCCGCCAUCUCAACCGACAAACCCACCGGCGACGCAGCCUACAUCACCAAAUACGGCGACUACACCCCAUUACAACAGCACGUCCUCUUCUGGGACCGCGACCGCGACGGCCAGAUCUUCCCGCUGGACACGUACACCGGCUUCCGCGAGCUCGGCUUCAACAUCCUCUUCUCGCUGCUGGCGAUGCUGAUCAUCAAUCUGAAUUUCUCGUAUCCGACGCGCUUGGCGCACUCGGUUGUCCCGGAUCUCUGGUGCAGGGUUUAUGUGGAUAGUAUUUACAAGGCCAAGCAUGGUUCUGAUAGCGGGACGUAUGAUGCCGAGGGACGCUUCGUCCCGCAGCAUUUUGAGGAUCUGUUUGCCAAGUAUGAUGGAGACGAAGACGGGGCAUUGACGCUGGGGGAGCUGUUUGAGAUGAUGCGUGGGAAUCGGUGUGCGGGGGAUCCGUUUGGGUGGGGGGCUGCGUUUUUUGAGUGGGGGACGACGUGGCUGUUGAUUCAGAGGGAUGGGAGGGUGCACAAGGAGGAUCUGAGGGGGAUUUAUGAUGGAUCGAUAUUUUGGAAGAUCCGCGAGGAGAGGAAAAAGGGAGCGUGGAGGCAGGGGUAUGGCUUCGUUGGGCCUACCAAAAUGUACUAA